AUGGGACGCCGAGAAGUGAUACCGGAAGCCACAGAAGUAGGAGAAGAAGUCGGAGUCGUGAGGAUUCUGGCCGACACUCACGUCGUCACAGAGGAGACGGAGACUACUACCGAGGCGGCCGUGGUGGCCGGAGCCGCUCUCGUUCUCCAGGCUCGAAUCGCUAUUAUCGCCCUCGAGAUCGCAGAGAUCGUGAUGAUGACCCAGCUUGCUGCUCGUCUUCGAACCCGAGAACUCAAGGAGUUCUUUGAAAAGGUCGGUCCUGUGGCUGAAGCCCAGAUUGUAAAGGACCGUGUCAGCAACAGAUCCAAGGGAGUUGGCUACGUUGAAUUCAAAGCCGAAGAAUCCGUCACUGCUGCUCUUCAGCUCACAGGUCAAAAACUCCUAGGUAUCCCCGUUAUCGUCCAGCUCACCGAAGCUGAGAAGAAUCGCCAAGUUCGCAACUCAGAAGCCUCUGGAGGACACCCUAACUCGAUCCCGUUCCACCGCUUGUACGUUGGCAACAUUCAUUUCAGUAUCACUGAGCAGGAUCUUCAGAACGUUUUCGAACCCUUCGGUGAGCUCGAGUUUGUUCAGCUCCAGAAGGACGAUGGUGGACGCAGCAGAGGCUAUGGCUUUGUUCAGUUCCGCGACGCUGGUCAAGCCCGUGAAGCCCUAGAAAAGAUGAACGGAUUCGAUCUAGCUGGUCGACCCAUCCGUGUCGGACUUGGAAACGAUAAGUUUACCCCUGAGUCCACUGCCAAUCUUCUGCAGAGAUUCCAGGGCCAGAACCAACAGUUUCAGGGAUCCGCAUUUUCCGGCGCUGGUGGACGAGGGCCGCCGACCUCGAAUUUCGAUCGUGCUGGUGGCAGAGACAAUGAGAAAGGCGGCGGUGCGAGUGCCCUUGAUGAUACCGAUGUUGCUGGUGUCAACUUUAACAACUACAGCCGAGACGCCCUGAUGAGAAAACUUGCUAGAACUGACGAACCUACCAAUGGAAACAAUGACCGACAGAUUCUGAAACCAAAGACAGAGACGAAGCCCCUCCCCGUCAACGUUAACAUGGCUAGUCGCUGCGUUGUGCUACACAACAUGUUCGAUCCUGAUGAGGAGGAAGGAGAAGAAUGGAUGAAGGAGCUCGAGGACGAUGUUCGCUCCGAGGCCGAGACCAAAUAUGGUCACGUCGUCCACAUCGCUCUUGAUGCGAACUCCAAGGGUGAUAUCUAUCUAAAAUUCGAUAAAGUCCAAGGUGGUGAGAACGCUAUCAAGGGUCUGAAUGGUCGUUAUUUUGGCGGCAAGAUGAUCACUGCUGCACCUGUUGUCGACGCAGUCUACAGCAGUUUGUUCUCACGCUCCAAGGCUAUUUGA